AUCUUACCGAAUUUCGCCUGCUUCUUCCGCUCCUGCGAUCUCACCCGAAUUCCUCACUCGUUUCCCCCGUUCACUGCCACCUCCCCCUUUAUAACCUUCCAAGUGUUCGUCCAUUGUCUCCUCAGCUAGCUAGCCAUCGCUCCAAGCUCUCUAGCUAGUAGCUACGCCUACGCGACGCGGCGAGGACGAGACGAAGGCGGCGGCGAUGCCGGCAGACGCGGCGGCGAAGGGGAUGAAGCUGGAGAGGUACGCGAGCGGCGGGGCGAUGCUGCUGCUGCUGCGGCGGGCGAGCGGCGGCAAGAUCGUGUCGGCGUCGUCGCACCUGCUGUUCCGCGCCACCGUGCUGGCCACGCUGGGGCUCGUGUUCCUCUUCACGUUCCACUACCCGUCGCUGCUGUCGCGCUCGUUCAGUUUGUCCGGCGGCGGUGGUGACGGGGGGCCGGCGCAUGCCUCGCACCGGAGCCUGCUCAUGUCGUCAUCGUCGUCGUACUCGGCGUCGGCGGCGUACGGGGGCGCCGCGUGGGAGAAGGAGGUGAGGAAGAGCGCGAAGCCGAGGAAGGACGGGGGGAUCGCCGUGCUGGUCACCGGCGCGGCCGGGUUCGUCGGCACGCACUGCUCGCUCGCGCUCAGGGCGCGCGGCGACGGCGUGCUUGGCCUCGACAACUUCAACUCCUACUACGACCCGGAGCUGAAGCGCGCGCGGCAGAGGCUCCUCGCCGACCGCGGCGUCCUCGUGCUCGACGCCGACAUCAACGACGGCCUCCUGCUCGAGAAGCUGUUCGACCUGGUGCCCUUCACGCACGUGCUGCAUCUGGCGGCGCAGGCUGGCGUGCGCUACGCGAUGGAGGCGCCGCAGACGUACGUCGCGUCCAACGUCGCCGGGCUGGUGAGCGUGUUCGAGGUCGCCGCCAAGCACGCCGACCCGCAGCCGGCGAUCGUCUGGGCGUCGUCCUCGUCGGUGUACGGCCUCAACACCGACGCGCCCUUCUCCGAGGACCACCGCACCGACCGCCCGGCGUCGCUGUACGCGGCGACCAAGAAGGCCGGCGAGGCCAUCGCGCACACGUACAACCACAUCUACGGCCUCUCCAUCACCGGCCUCCGCUUCUUCACCGUCUACGGUCCAUGGGGCCGCCCCGACAUGGCCUACUUCUUCUUCACCAAGAGCAUCGUCUCCGGCGAGCCCAUCACGCUCUUCCGCGCCGCCGACGGCGCCGACGCCCGCCGCGACUUCACCUACAUCGACGACGUCGUCAAGGGCUGCCUCGGCGCGCUCGACACCUCCGGCAAGAGCACCGGCUCCAAGUCCGGCAAGAAGUCCGGCCCGGCUCCCCUCCGCGUCUACAACCUCGGCAACACCUCCCCCGUGCCCGUCACCCGCAUGGUCGCCAUCCUCGAGAAGCUCCUCGGUAAGAAGGCCAACAAGCGCAUCGUCACCAUGCCCAGCAACGGCGACGUGCCCUUCACCCACGCCAACGUCACCCACGCCGCGCACGACUUCGGCUACCGCCCCACCACCUCCCUCGACGCCGGACUCCGGCACUUCGUCACCUGGUUCGUCGACUACUACAAGCUCAAGCUCGACAUCCCCAAGCUCACCAAACCCGCCGGCGCCGACAAGCCCUCCUCCUCCUCCUCCUCCUCCAAGAAGAAGAAGGCCACGGCCAUGGCGGCAUCGUCAUGAACCUGAACAGCACACCACCACACCAAGUGUGUAUUCCAUAGCUAGUUCUUGGAGGCUCCUGUCUGUAACCUUGUAAGUGCUUAUUAUUUAAGCCCCUAUUAAUUUCUU